AUGUUCACGCCUCAGGGUUUCACGGGCUCGGGCUGUAACGUGGUUGUUGACUCGCAGAGAAACAGAUUAGGAAACAUGUGCCUAUGCUAUACAAAAGAAGCUACUGGAACUUCUUCUUGCGCAUCAGACAUGCAAUGUAAACUUUCGGGCGGAACCCGAGUGUCGCGUAGUUCAUCCUUCAUAGUCCCAUCCGAAGAGAGUCGAAUCGCUGGGCAGACUCAAGGUCAUCGUCAAGGUUUAGGGCAGAGAUAUUACCAUGGCGAGAAGGUCCAGCCCCAUCCUUUCCACAUGAUCAGAGGCUCUACGAAUCGGUACCGUGGCCUGCCCUACGAGCUGAACCACCACUCCUCCUCCAACCCAACCCCAGAUUUUAGGGCUCUCUUCAAACUUGGCUCUAGCAACUCCCUGCCGCUGGCGGAACGUUUCUGGGAGCAUCCCGGGGCCCUUGGCAAGCCCUCGAAACUCAAGCCGCCUCGCUGGCGGGGCCGCAUUUCUCGUCCGUCAAAGCUGGUAGCUCACAGACUCAAAGUCCACACUUUUUACUCACAGAAAAAUCAAGGUUCAGCCAGACCCCGGGUCUGGCCGCGGAUCAUCUCCCCUCCUGCUUCUUUGGAUAUCAUGCUCUUGGCUGUGUCGGACAGCUCGGACGCCCGCUGUCGUCUUGGAGCGGGGGACCCUGCCUUCUUUUCUUCCCCUGCCCCUCCACGAAUACCUAUCUCGUCGUUCUUCAGACUCCAUUGUCACUCGGCCCUCGGGGCGGCCCCCGACCAUUGA